AUGACUCUCAACACCUUCCACUACACCAGUGUGUCCAGCAAAAAUGUUACACUCAGUGUCCCCCAUCUGAAAGAAAUCAUCAACGUUGCUACCAAUAUCAGAACACUUUCACCUUCUGUGUACUUGGAAUCCUACAUGGCCCAGGACAAGAAGACUCCAUGUUCAUCAAAUCUUUAUUUGCUAUCAUUGAACCAGUUACUCAAAGUGACUCUUAAUGCCUUCCACCAUGCUGGUGUAUACAAUAGAAAUGCUAAGCUUGGUAUCCCCCAUCUGAAAGAAAUCAUCAAUGUUGCUACUUGGUAUGACCCCAACCCUACAUCCACCAUUAUCAAAGACUCCAUGUUUGUCAAAGCUUUCUUCACUAUUGUUGAACCAGUCACUCAAAUGACUCUUAUACAACAGAAAUGCUAUGCUCAGUAUCCCCUGUCUGAAAGAAAUCAUCAACAUCGCUACAAAUAUCAAAAUGCUUUCACUUUCUGUGGAUUUGACGAGGAAAUUGAAUCAAAGCUCCACCUCCAGUCACCAUGGCACCUUUGGCUGGCACUUGACCAUGCCAGAAAGAUUGAUUGGAGUCUUGCUGUGGUUGCUGGCUGGAUUGCUGGGAGCUUCAAGAUGGACCUCUUCAUCAUCUGGAGUGAAGAUAACUUGGAGAAACAGGCAGGGUACAGUCAAAGAAGACAUCUUCCUCUGCCAAUUCAAGAACACAACAUUGAACUUGGUCAGCCUGCACAGUGUCCCUACCUCAUAUUUUUGUUGGAGUAUGAUGAGGGGAGCAUCAAGAUGAGAGGAGCAGGUUUUGGAGACUGA